GCAGUGAAAAUGGAAUUUUGACUUCCGUCAACAAACAAUUCUUCAGACGCUGACUGUAAAACUGGCUGUGUUUUGCAUAAAGAACCUAUUUCCAUCUGUCAGAUGGAGGACGACGCACUUGAACGACUUGCAAUUGAGGAGAUACUUAAAGAAACAAAAAGGGGAGCUGAAAGAGCCAAAGAAUUUGGUGCAUUAGGAUGGCAGAAGCCACCUGCUCCAACAACAAACAAGAGAUUCCUGACCAACAUGAUUCUAAGUUCUGUGAAUGACGCAAACAGGAAGAAAAGAAAACAUCCAAAUGAUUCAAAUUCACCAAAGGAGGACAACUCUGAAAAAAAGUUAACAACUGAAAAGGACAAAGAUUGCAAAAGACAUAGACCUGAAAAACAUAAGCAUAAGAAGAAGAAAAAGAAACACAAUCAUUCUGCUGAAAGUCCUGAAAGUAAACACAAACACUCUUCAAAGAAGCAUAAAUCUGGACAUAAACAUAAGAAACACCACAGACAUAAGGACAAGGUGAAGGAAUGAGUGAAAGAGAGGAAGACUGGACAAGCUGAAGGAAUGAAUGACAGAAAGGAGACCCCAGCAAUUCUUAUAGAGAGACAUAGAGUUACAGGAAUAUUGAUAGAUUAUAUAAUUACAUGAGCAUGAAAAUCAGAAAUUUUGAAUUUGUAAGCAAAGAAAACAAAUAUCAGUUGAGUAUACAUAAGAGACUGGACAUGGAAAUGUUCAGAAAUAAAUGGCCUGCAUCUUCUUUUCUUAGGAUAUUUACCGUAAGUAAGAGCGAUAGAUGGAUGUUCAUGUGUGCUUGUGUAAGAGGAUGUUUGUAACGUUUCAUUUGCAAAAUGUACAAGUUUGAAAGAUGUAAGAUGGACAAUUUCAGCAUAACUGAAAAAGAGUGAUGGGCAUUGUAAUGUAGUAUGUUACACUGGACAUAAGUAAAGAGUGGUGGGCAUUGUAAUGUAGUAUGUUACACUGGACAUAAGUAAAGAAUUUUACCAAUUGAGUUUUCAUACCUGUGGAAAUUGAUGGUGUGUAGUGCUUGAUGAAAUGCCAAAGAAAUGCUCACAUUUAUUACUGUCUUAGAUUGAUACCUGUAGUUGUUCAUAAUGGACAGAGAAAUAGAUCUCAAGGCAGCAAAAUAUUAGUAUGAAAUUGUAGUUUUAUUUUUGUUUCCUUAAAUAUCUCAAUACUAGCACCAGUUUGAUUUAUUGAAAUUUUAUAAAGAAAUUGAUAUUACUAUUAUUUUCUUAUGUUUAACAGUUUUCCACAUAUUUUUCACGUUUAUGAGGGCAUGUCUAGUGAUGUUUUUAGAAUAUUUGUCAAUGAUUGUAGUAUUUGUGUAUGUCAAGUGAAGUUAUCUCCCUUCAAUUUUCAUCAAAAACUUGGUGGUAAAAAUAGUAGUGGUGAGACAACAAAACGAAUCUAAGAAUUUUUUAUUCAGAAACAUGGCAUGUAAAUUUGGUUUCAAUAAGAAACAGAAUAAAUCAGGAUUUUUAAUAAAAUACCAGUUUCUGCA